CGGGUACCCUCUCAUGUUGCCGGGUGACCCUGAGGCAAGUGACGUGUGGAGAAGGGAGCUGAAUGUAAGAAGCCGCUGGCUGGGCUACCUGCCUUCCAUUCCCCGAAUCCUCCCAGCAAUGGCGCCGACAAGCUUGGGGUGAAUAUGCUGAGAGUUCCAUUCUUUUUUUUAACAAGGUUGCUUAUCAUCGCCCAUGAGUUGUAUACCAACAAAAGAACACCGACUUAAAUUUUAAGGUACUGCUAGUUCCAGAAUGCCUUCAACAGCUGGCUUUGGACAGAAAAGUCACCCAUGGAUAUAGAUUAAGCAUUCCAACUUCUUGGAAAAAAAAUGAAGCAAACUCUAAUGAAGUCAAAGAUGGAAAAUCAAGAUGGUUGGACCUUUAAAGAACUGGAAUAAGCCUUGACUUUUAGUUUAUUCAAGAAGAUCAAUUCAAAUGAACAUUUGGCUAAAACCCUUUAGACUGGGGUUUCUCUAGAAUGAACUGCCUGUUUUUGUGGUGGAAUUUUGUCUUGACAUUGCACAAAAUUAAUCCAUAAUACAUGUGUGUUUUUUCAUGCUGAUGAGAAUUUUGUAAGAAAAAGCUUUCAAUAAAGGUAAUGUUUGCUUUCCAAUUGGCUUGUCUCCGUUGGUUCUUUCAGACUCUACUUGAUGUGCUUCAUUUUUACGGAGUGAUUUUUACUUAUUACAAAUGAAUGUGGGCAAUGUGGUGACGACUGAAUGUGCUUAAAGUACAAAGGAGUAAUAACCUCUAGAGGGAACUGUUCUGGGUGGAACAAGCUCCUGUACAAACUUCUAGAAUUUAAGUUCGUUCCUUAUUGUCUGAUUCUGUGUGUUUAGCUGAUUAUGUGUAAUAUACGUGUGCUCUGUUCUCACAAUUUUUAUCUAAUGGAUUAACUGUAGUUGGCAACCAUUUGGUGACCUCCAUUUUGUACAACGCUACCUCAUGAUUUCUACCUAAACGGCCGGGUAUAUGUCCAUUGGUCAAGGCACUGGAAGUGACACUAUUGCUUGUCCCAUUGUGAGCAACUAGCCAUUAAUUCUGAUCUAGAGGCCGGUCACAUUGUUUACAUUCUCAACAAUGAAAAGUUCCACAACCAAUCUCUAUUUUUAAGGAAUUGGACCAAUUGUCUGUUGAUGAAGACAAACUAUUGGUAGCCCUUGCUCAUGUAUAUGGGUAGAACUGAGCAACCAGUCUCGACUCUCACUACUAAUGGGCAUCUAACUGGGUAACGUACCCAUCUCUGUUGACCCCCAAAGAGCCCUAGUGCCACACUCUAGCCUCCUGCUGCAUCCUUUUGACUUGUCAAUCCACAUUUGGACACUAGGGUGGUGCUAUGGAGUCAAACAACAAACAGCCCAACUCGCUUUGUGGCAUGACUAUAUUUUGUGUGCAUAAGGUGAUGUUCACAGAAAGUGGGGGAUACUUGAUCAUGGUAUAUGGGGGAAGCAACCCCAAGGUCACUUUGCAACGCCCCAGUCUGCCAUUUGCCUUGUUUUACCAGAUGUAAGUAGGCUUCAUGCCUUUCCAAAAUGGCUUACUUUAAAGUGCUUCCUGUGCAAAGAGGAAGUGAUUCAUGGCAGUGCCUAAGACAAAGGCUAGUAAUUGUGUGUGUGUGUUUCUUUCCUAGUUGCUAAAGGGUUAGCUGACUGCUGUGAGGAGCCCCCCCACCCCCAAUAAUACCAACUAAUGUGCACCUUGUAUCUUAAAAAUGGGGUUUCUUCCACUCUGCCCCAUUCCCAAGUGUUGUUUCAUGAUGGUGGAAAUGAAGGGGUGGGUCUUUAGUACAUCACCUGAGUUCUGGGGUAAAUGUAGAGAGUGUCAAUCACAGGCAGAGCUCAGAGCUGGGAAGGAGCUACAGAUGGCGGCUGUGCCUUAGAGAGCGGACUUAGCUCCCUGCCUUCCCUUUUACUCUACUUUCACUUUGGGCAAGUUUGGGCUGCUUCCCAGGGGCCCCUCCAUUCAGCCCCUGCUGUGGCUCUCGUGGGGCUAUGGAACCCAUGAAUUUCAGGGCAUUUUUUCGCUUUUUCCUCGCGUCCCGUCGGUGAGAAGGAGCCGAGGAGACUGCUCGUUGUUUUCACCGCUCAUGGCGCACCACCAUAUUUGUGCUCUCUGAGUAGCAGCCCUUCCCUGGCAGCGCCGCUCUCUCUGGCCAGCGCACCCCUAUUAUUCAGCCUCAUCCCUCCAAACCCCAAAACCUUUAUACCCAAAUACUUUUUUUUUCUGAUUUUUGGAUUUUUUUUUCGUUUUCUUCUGAUGGCAUUUACGACAGUUGCCGGAAUCCGGGACUCUUCCUGUUAACUCGGUGCAUGGAUUGAGCAGCAUAUUUCUUCAACCCCCCACUUCAAAGGGCACCUCGGCCCCCCUAUUAAUAAAAGGAAUACACGAUGAUGAGCAAUGAGGAUAAACCGGGGCAAGAGGAGGACUGCUCAGCUCGUAGCAAUGCAUCCAGCCAUUCUGCGUCAGAAGAGUCUAAUCACUCUGUGUAUGGAUCGGAAUCUGCAAGCCAGUCAGAGAGUGAGCAUCUUACUGAGCAAGGCAGUGAAUCAAACAGCAGCUCUGAGUCUUCAGAAAGCCAUUCAGAAUCAGACUGUGAAUCGACCGGCUCAAAGACAAAUGACGCACAUGCUGACUCCAAGGAAAAGCCUCUCCCUAAGAAGGAGAGACUGGCUGAUGUGAAGAAGAUGUGGGAAGAAUACCCUGAUGUUUAUGGAGUUAGGAGGUCAAACCGAAGCAGACAGGAGCCAUCACGGUUUAAUGUUAAAGCUGAGAGUAGCGAUUCUGAAAGUGAAAGCCCAAAAAGACGAAGUUUGCGAACACGGAAAAAUAGAGAGAAAAGCAUAGUUUCAGAUGAUGAGGACGAGGAAGGAAGCAGCGGAGAAAGUGAUGCAGAACAGACUAAAGUCCGAUCUUGCCGUUUGCAGCAAAAGAGGAAAGCGGCCAAAAACAGCACAAACAAGCAGAGAAGGUCUCAGCGUGGAAAAAACCGAAAACAAGCGUCGUCUGAGGAAGAUGAUGAUGAUGACGAUGAUGAUGAUGACGAAGAAACUCCCAAAAGACAAACCAGGCGCAGGGCAGCUAAAAAUGUCAGUUACAAGGAAGAUGAUGACUUUGAGACAGAUUCAGAUGAUCUGAUUGAGAUGGUGGGUGAAGAAGCAGAGGAACUGGAAGAUAAUCACGAAACAAUAGAGAAAGUUUUGGACACCAGAAUUGGCAAAAAGGGAGCCACUGGAGCUUCCACUACUGUGUAUGCAACAGAAGAAAAUGGAGAUCCCAACUCUGAAUUUAAAGCUGAAACAGAAGAAGGGGAUCAACAAUAUCUUAUUAAGUGGAAAGGCUGGUCGUACAUCCACAGUACCUGGGAGAGUGAAGAUACUCUUCAGCAGCAGAAGGUGAAAGGCCUGAAAAAGCUUGAGAACUUCAAGAAAAAGGACGAUGAAAUCAAACAAUGGUUAUCAAAAGUUUCACCUGAGGAUGUAGAAUACUUCAGCUGCCAGCAAGAAUUGGCAUCUGAGCUGAACAAGCAGUAUCAGAUAAUUGAGAGAGUCAUAGCUGUAAAAACAAGCAAGUCGUCUUCUGGGAACUCAGAUUUUCCAGUUCACAGCAGGAAGACUCCCUCCUCCAAUGAACCGGAGUAUCUUUGCAAGUGGAUGGGUCUCCCAUAUUCUGAAUGCAGCUGGGAAGAUGGUGCCCUUGUUGGGAAGAAGUUCCAGCACUGUAUUGACAGUUUCAACAGCCGAAACAACUCAAAAUCAACACCUUUAAAAGACUGCAAGGUUCUGAGGCAGAGACCAAGGUUUGUCACCUUAAAGAAGCAGCCUUCUUUCAUAGGAGGAGAAGGUCUAGAACUGCGUGAUUAUCAGCUAGAGGGUCUGAACUGGCUGGCUCACUCUUGGUGCAAGAAUAACAGCGUGAUCCUUGCUGAUGAGAUGGGCUUGGGAAAGACCAUUCAGACAAUUUCUUUUCUCUCCUAUCUCUUCCAUAUUCACCAGCUUUAUGGGCCCUUUCUGUUAGUGGUUCCCUUAUCAACCCUGACAUCCUGGCAGAGGGAGUUUGAGAUCUGGGCACCAGAUAUAAAUGUGGUGGUUUACAUUGGGGACGUCGGAAGCAGAAACACGAUUCGUGAAUAUGAAUGGGUCCACCAGCAGAGCAAGAAGAUGAAAUUUAAUGCACUACUUACAACGUAUGAAAUUUUGCUGAAGGAUAAAGCUGUUCUCAACAGUAUUAACUGGGCUUUCCUUGGGGUAGAUGAAGCCCAUCGACUGAAGAAUGAUGACUCUUUGCUUUAUAAAACACUCAUUGAAUUCAAAUCUAACAAUCGGCUGCUGAUCACCGGUACGCCUCUCCAGAACUCACUUAAGGAACUGUGGUCACUCCUGCACUUUAUUAUGCCAGAGAGAUUUGAGUGUUGGGAAGACUUUGAAGAUGAGCAUGGCAGAGGAAGAGACAAUGGUUACCAAAGCCUACAUAAAGUCCUAGAACCCUUUCUGCUACGCAGAGUAAAGAAAGAUGUGGAGAAGUCACUUCCAGCCAAAGUAGAACAGAUACUCCGGGUAGAGAUGUGUGUCACGCAGAAACAGUAUUACAAGUGGUUAUUAACAAGGAACUACAAAGCACUCUCAAAGGGAACACGAGGCAGCACCUCUGGCUUCCUUAACAUUGUCAUGGAACUUAAAAAAUGUUGCAACCACUGUUUCCUCAUCAAACCCCCAGAAGACACAGAGAGGGAAAGUCGAUCGGACGCAUUGCAGUCUUUGAUCAGGAGCAGUGGAAAGCUUGUUUUGCUAGACAAGCUUCUGACACGACUGCGUGAAAGAGGAAACCGAGUACUUAUCUUCUCACAGAUGGUGCGCAUGCUGGAUAUCCUUGCUGAAUACAUGGCCAUCAAGCAUUACCCUUUUCAGCGACUAGAUGGAUCAAUAAAAGGAGAGAUACGCAAGCAGGCACUUGAUCACUUUAAUGCAGAAGGCUCUGAGGAUUUUUGUUUCCUGUUGUCCACACGUGCUGGAGGCCUAGGUAUAAACUUGGCAUCAGCCGAUACAGUGGUCAUCUUUGAUUCAGACUGGAAUCCACAGAAUGAUUUGCAGGCACAAGCCAGAGCUCAUCGUAUUGGCCAAAAGAAACAGGUGAAUAUAUACCGGCUUGUCACCAGGGGCACAGUAGAGGAAGAAAUAAUAGAGCGAGCGAAAAAAAAGAUGGUUCUGGAUCAUCUUGUCAUCCAGCGUAUGGAUACCACAGGCAGAACUGUACUGGACAAUAACUCAGGGAGCUCUAAUUCUAACCCAUUUAACAAGGAAGAACUUGCUGCUAUUCUAAAGUUUGGAGCUGCAGAUCUUUUCAAGGAACCUGAAGGAGAGGAAUCAGAACCUCAGGAAAUGGAUAUAGAUGAAAUUUUACGUCUGGCUGAAACACGAGAGAAUGAGCCAUCUUCCAGUGCUACUGAUGAGCUCUUGUCUCAGUUCAAGGUAGCCAACUUUGCAACAAUGGAGGAAGAGCCCAAAAUUGAUUUAAAGAGCGAACAGGAAUGGGAUGACAUAAUUCCUGAGGGGCAAAGGAAAAAAGUGGAGGAAGAGGCUCGACAGAAAGAACUGAAUGAAAUAUACAUGCUUCCCAGGAUCCGGAGCUUAAAUAGGAAGCCUCCAGCAAAUGACAGCGAGUCUGAUUUGGAGUCAAAGCAGAAAGCUCAGCAUUCCUCUGGAUCCGACAGUGACUCUGAUGACUCUGAUGAUGACAAAAAACCAAAGCGCAGAGGGCGGCCCCGCAGUGUUAGGAAAGACAAUGUGGAGGGAUUUACAGAUGCUGAAAUCAGACGGUUUAUUAAGGCGUACAAGAAGUUUGCUUCUCCACUGGAAAGACUUGAGUGCAUUGCUAGAGACGCAGAACUUGUGGAUAAAUCUGUGGCAGAUCUCAAGAGGUUGGGUGAACUUCUGCACAACAACUGUGCUUCGGCCAUGCAGGAGUUCGAAGAACAAUUAAAAGAAAACCCUGCUGAUGGAAAAGGUCCAGGCAAGCGUAGGGGCCCCACAAUCAAAAUCUCUGGUGUACAAGUAAAUGUAAAAGCUAUUAUUCAGCAUGAGGAAGACUUCGAUAUUCUCACUAAAUCCAUCCCAACUGACCCGGAAGAAAAGAAAAAAUAUUGUGUCGCGAGUCGAGUAAAGGCUGCCCAUUUUGAUGUGGAAUGGGCUGUAGAAGAUGAUUCCCAUUUACUUCUUGGGAUAUAUGAACAUGGCUAUGGCAAUUGGGAACUUAUAAAAAGCGAUCCUGAGCUGAAGCUCUCUGAAAAGAUUUUGCCAGUGGAAACAGAGAAGAAACCUCAAGGGAAACAUUUACAGACAAGAGCAGAUUAUUUGCUGAAAAUGCUGAAGAAAGAAACAGAGAAAGUAACUGGUGCUGGAGAUGAGGUUAAAACAAAGAAAAGAAAGCCACGAGCAAAGAAAGAUGGCGGCAAGACUAAAGAUGAGCAUGGCAAUGAAAUUUCAUCUCCCAGACACUCUGACAAUUCAGAGGAAGGAGAGGAAAAGCAGGAGGAUGGGACAGAAAAGAACUCGAACAAAAAAAAGCAGAAGAAGAAAGAUAACAAGGAAAACAAGGAAAAACAAACUCAAAAGAAAGAGGGAGAUAAAGAUAAAAGGAAAGCAAAAGACAAGAAGGAAAAGACCAAGCGAGGUGAGGCCAAGCCUGGUGGUAAGAACAGAAAGAACACAGGCCCUGUCCAUAUAACAGCUGGUAGUGAGCCAGUCCCCAUUGGGGAAGAAGAGGAUGAUGAUCUGGACCAAGAGACCUUCAGCAUUUGCAAAGAGAGAAUGAGACCUGUCAAAAAAGCUCUUAAACAGCUAGAUAAUGCUGACAAGGGGCUUUCUGUACAGGAACAGCUGGAGCACACCCGCACCUGUUUGCUGAAAAUUGGAGACCGCAUCUCUGAGUGUCUUAAAAUGUACUCUGACCAGGAGCAUGUGAAGUUAUGGAGAAGAAACCUCUGGAUUUUUGUGUCUAAAUUCACAGAAUUUGAUGCCAGAAAACUGCACAAAUUAUAUAAGAUGGCACACAAAAAGAGAUCUCAAGAAGAAGAGGAUCACAAGAAAAAGAAUGUGCCCAUCAAGAAACCUUUUCGGCCAGAACAAUCUGGAUCUAGCCAGGACUCUCAUUUGUCACAGCCUCAUGGGCCACAUACACCACAGAAACCUGUGGUUGCCCUUCCUCACUCUCAGCAAGUGCAUGGCCACCAAAGAGAAAACUUUGGCAGUCCUAGCAAGAGACCUUUCAAUAAUGCAGACCGAGGUGAAUGGAGAGACCGGAAAUUCAGUUACGGAGGCAAUAACAAUAACCAGCCAUGGGGAGGUGACCGCCAUCAUCAAUAUGACCAGCAUAGGUACAAAGAUCACCAUUAUUCAGAUCGAAGACCUCAUGGGGAUCCGAGGAGAAGCUCUGCAAACUUCCGGCCAAACAAUAUGUCCCGCAAAAGACCGUAUGACCAAUACAACAAUGAUCGAGAGCACCGUGGACACAGGGACUAUUAUGACAGACAUCACCAUGACAACAAAAGAAGAAGAUCUGAUGAAUUUAGACCCCAGGGUUACCACCAACAGGACUUCAGGAGAAUGGGAUCCGACCACCGACCCCCCAUGGGCUACCAUGGUCAAGGACCUUCGGACCACUACCGCUCAUUCCAUUCUGAAAAGUCAGGGGAGUAUAAAGGUCCUUCCCAAUCGACUUCUCUCUCUGAUCCUCGCUCACCCCCUACUCAAAAAUCCCCACAUGAAAACAAACCACCUCUGGACAGGUCAUUAGAACAGAAAGGCGGAGAUUAUAAUUGGAACAGGUAGAUACAACAAAUAAAGCCAUUGAUUGGUAUAUAGUCCUGCUAUUCUGUCGCAGGGGGGCAGUCAGUGCAACAAGGACACUGCUACUAAAACUUGCUGACCCGAGCUGCUGUUGUAGAAUCCUAUUGCUUGUGCCAAGAAUAUGGCUUUGACCAUCUUUGUACCAUCUUUUACUUGCUACAGCUUGAUGGAAUUAAACAAAUGGGCAAGAGAAACCCCUUCUCUCUCAGUGGCAUACUUGGGAUUUAAGACUCGUCAUAUGAGAUACAAAGGUCUCUUGAAGGAUGAAUGUUUUGGGAUCUUAAGACGUUACAUCAGUACUGUUAAAUAUGAUGCAUUUUAUAUGACUCUAAAACUACGUUUCCGGCCCUUGCAGUCAAGUUAACAAAAGGUGUCCAUUUGGCAUCCCAGACUAGUGUGCAAUACACUGCAGCAACAUGUGACUGCACGGGCAUAGGAUUAUAGACAGACUUUGUAUUCCGAGUAAGGUUUUAUUGCAAAGAAGUACAAAGGCAGAAUUAUGAUCGGCAUUGAUGGUAUCCAUUCAUUUUUCACAUUUCAAAAAGCCUUCCUUAUUUCUCUGUAAUAUUUCUAUGUUUCUUAAACUUGAUGUAAAUAGUGAACGGGAUGUCUAAGAAUCAAGCAUGAUAAAAUGAUCAGGCACUUCCCUUCUGGUUACCAACAGCAGAUAGAGAGGCUACCUUUUCCAUUCUCUUAAAGUUUCUUUUUAAAGAUUUAUGUUUGACAGAAGUAUCUUGUCCCAUGCCAGUUCAGUGUUCUCUUAUACAAGGAUAUCCAUCAUGUAGGCUUCUAGAUGAGCAGCAACAUCUAGAGGAGCACAGGUUGUCCGACCUUAUUCUAAAUCAUCUUCUGGAUGGAUUCCAUAUGUACUAAUUAAGGCUUCUCUCUUUAUAAGCAGAGCGGCAGCACAAAAUUCGAUCUUUUUAUCAGAGCGUAUUUCAUUGAAAUUAUAAAGCCCCCGCCCUUGCUAAGAGUAUUCCACCCAACACAACGCCAAUCAUGAUAAAUGUAGCAGGCUGUAAUUUGCUUUUCCAACUUCAUUGUGUAAAUUCUGCUUGAGCCAAAUGUAAAAAAUAUAUAAAGGUAUAUAUAUAAAUUUCUUAAUGAAAAUCAAAUUAUCCAUUUAACACUGCAGUAUUAGAACUACAUUGCACUUUUAUAUUUCUUUCCCAUUUUAAAGGACAUGAUAUAAUUGUGCAAAUACAUCCAGUACAGCCAUUAACAAGCUAGAACUGCCGAGAAACUUGGUCUGCAUUUUCUUAAUGAUUCUCAUUCAUCUUUGAGCUAGAGAGGUCAGAUGGUAUGGUACACUAACUCUAAACCAUUAUUUAUUUACAAGUAAUAUAUAGAUUUAUUUUUUGCGGGGUUAGAGGAAACUUUAUAUUUGUCUCAAUCCAGUUUUUGUGUAGUUACAUAUUAAAUCAUUAAAAAAAAAAAAUCGAGGAGACCAAGUGCAUCGCUGAAUUCUACAAGGGAUGUAUUCACACCUUGACAUGAACACUCAUGAAAUAAGUCGUUUGUUGUGAAACAUUAGGGUUGACCAAGACAUGAUCAUCCCUAAAAUGGAGCCGAUUCUAGCUGGAUGGACAGACAGGAUUCUGGGCUUCACAAAUAAUUGAACUAAAUGGCAUAUAAUAUUGGAAUCUUGGCAUUGACCUACAAAGCUCCUCUUUCAGAUGGAUGACUUGCUAUUGUCCAGUUUGUGGUCCUUUUUAUAGAACCUCGACAACAAAAAAAGCAUGAAAGCCAAAACGAUAUUAGGAAACGAGCACAUUUGCACAGAGGCUCAUUAAUACACCAUUGUGUUUCUCGCACAGUAUUCGAUAUUCCGGCUUGUUUCUUCUUCUUCUGUGUGUGUGCAUAAUAUACUGUUUGCUGUCUCCCAUAAAAUAAUGAGUGCCUUAAAAAUGAUUCAAUAAUGUUGGGAAAGAAAUAAAAGCCAUGGAAUAUUGUCAUUAACAUUCUGAAGGCUGGAAACUGUUGUGGCACAGAGUUUGAAACAGCUGGGUUUGUAAAAUCCAUUUAAUGUCACCAGAAAACCUCCAGAUUUGUCAUUGCAUUGUAGCAAAUGUGUGUGUUUAACAUUGAUAAUUAUAUAACUGUAUAUGAUCUAUUUGUAAUGGUGAUCACCGUGCCAGUUACUAGUUAAAAGACUACAUCUGACCCUCUAUUGUGUAUUUAAUAAGGGUAGGCCUAUAUACAGCGUCUGGAAACUGCAUUUAUUGGGGCUAACGUAAUAACGUGUACACGAUUAUCCUAGUUCGGGUAUCAAAUCAAAAGGUAGUAUUACUAUUCUUGCUUGUUGAAAGCAAACAUGAUUGGUAAGAAUGGGUUAACGGACAUGGAGCAACUGUUUCUGUGCUCACACUUUUAUUUUUGAGUGUACAGUCCUACUUACUAACAAGCAAUGCAUUGGCUUGGUGCACAGAAGGGAACCAGAUCUAGAUACCUGGGCAACAACAGUGUGAAUAAUGUUAAAACAUUUCUCAGUGUCUGCAAUGCACUGCAGCUGUCAUAACUAUCCUGAAAAAGUUAUUUAUAGUGAAUGCAAUAGGAAAUUCUGGUGUUUAUUUACUUGUGUCUGUAAAAAAAAAACACUAAAAUCCCAAACAAAUGAAAAUAAUUGUCAUAUUAAAGAUUUUAUUUUUGUUGUCUUCCGGAAAUAAUUUCUCUCUUUAUAUGAAUGUGAACAAAACAUAUUAUCAUUGUGAGCAAAGUCUCUUUGUAACAACUGGAUAAAUGAGGUGUUUAUUCUCAACAGGUAAAUAAUAAAUAAAUUGCCCACACUUUCUUCGCUUUGGAAAUCAGAAGCAAUGCGGGUUUUUUUUUUUGGCUGUUUCUUGUGGUACAUGGGCGCUUUAAUAUCCACCAUAAUGGAUAUAUAUAGAAACCAUGGACUGUGUGGGUCUCAAGGAUAAAUGCUAGAGGUAUAUACAGUAUCUGAUUCACACCGGUAAUAUUGCUCUAGGAUUAUGGCUGGAGUGAUCUCAAAUGUAAGGGCCACACAUGUUGACUAUUUUUUACAUUAUGUGGUCCUACCAAAUUGUAUUCAUUUUGGAGCAAGACAGUCCAGUGCUGAGGUUUGAUUUGCAACGUUCUGGUAAGCUUGUAUUUGCUAAAUUACUAUUUACAUCAGUAACCACCGAUAUCUGUUGGGUUGGAUGUGGAGCAAGGCCUAUAAGAUCCUGCCAGUAGUGAUUCUGUACAAGUUGUAUGGCUACUACUGUGUGAAGCUGCUAGCCACCGUCAAUGUAUUUUCACACUAUGUUCAACUGCUGUUCCUCCCAUAGAUAGUCACUUUAUUAUUCUAUAAAAAUAAUGCCUUAUAUUUUUAUUUCCUUUCCACAAUCAACAGAAGUCUUCUUAAGCCCCAUAAUGUAUAUCCAGCACUAGAAAAUAGAGCCAACUGGGUUGCUGGGAAAUAAAAACUAUAGCUCACAACAUUUAGUGGCUCUUAAGCUCCAGCUUAAUGACUUCAGUAGAGUAGACUGGUUGAAAACCUCUCCAGAGUCGGCCACCAGAAUAAGGAACACCAUUUGAAUGCUGCCGAUAGCUAAACAGUUUUGCGGUUGGGGAAGGACAUGCUGACUAUAUCCACUCCGACGGAUGAUGCAUAAAUGUAUUAUAAUUCUCCAACUUAAAUGUGAUUAUUAAAUGACGAUUUGAUUCAUUAACAGUGUAAUAUAUGUAUAAGUCCACAACUGUGUCAGAGAACUGAAACCUGGUUGGGAAUUAAUUUAGUUUUUUUUUUUUUGCUUUAGAAGCGCCGUUACAUUAUUCCUUCCAGUAUCGCUGUGCAUGCCAUUAACUUCCACGUGAAGAGUUUAAGGUACAUAGUCUCGUCUUACGUAUAUAAAUAUAUAUGUGUAACCUCUGCUAUACCUUGUGAUGGAAAUGUAUCCAUGGGGGGGCACGUUAUUUUUAGCCAUUGCACACAACCAUCAUUCCUGUGUAUUUCAAUGAACACAGAUCAGACAGUAUCGUUAUAUAAAAGAGGGGUUCAAUCUUCCAAGAUGUCCUUAUUCUAUUGCUCAAGUAGUUCUUCCCUAGUCGCACAAACGCGGCAAUGACGGGUUUCUUAGCAGCCCUGGUGUUUGUUUUCAGCUAUAAACAGGCGGGAGACUGGGAUUAUUCAUUUAUAGUUGUGAAGAAAUAUGUUGUUGUGCUUUUUUCCUAUGUAAAUAGUUUGUUUAUAUUGUGUGUAUUAAUUUUUCCUACAUUGUAAAACUGCUGUACUUUUCAUUCUUGUAUAUUAAAAAUGAAACACAUUUUUCAGAA